AUGGCUUCAAACGAUAAAGAAACGGCGUCGCCACCAACCUUGGCGGACAAUUCAACGCUGGUUGUUGAUAUCGCUUCCUCUCCCAAUCGCCAAGUCACCGACAGCAAACCCCAACGCUCGUCUUUCAAGCACCUCUUCUCCUUUACAAGAUGGAAUCAUGCGGGACUGCUCAUUGCGGCAGUCGUUACAUCUGCCGCAUUUGCUUCAAUCAAGUCGGCCCAGUCCAUCAUCUUGGGCAAAAUAUUCGACGUUGUUUCCGAUUUUGGGGCUGGCCAUCGCUCUGGCAAUGAAACCAUUGAUCAAAUAUCACACUGGGGCCUGGUGCUACUGGGCAUGGGAUUCGGAAAUUGGCUUGCAAGCACGGCUUUUCUGGCGUCAUGGAACAUCUUUGGAGAAUUGCAAGCCAACUCUGUCCGCCAAGGCAUCUUUCAAGGCCUACUGUCCAAGAAGAUGUCUUGUCAGACGCGAGAGCUCCAGCUGGCGACGUCGCAAGUCCUCGGGCUCUUGGUCGCCGACUUCAUUCUUUCCAUCGCUUCCCUCACUAUAGCAUUCUCUCACUCCUGGAAGCUCACCUUGGUCCUAUUUGCAACCCUACCUGUGUCCAUCAUGGCCCUGUCACUCGCAACCAGGCGGCUAGACCCAGCAAUCCAAGCCCAGAAGCGUGAUCUAGAGACCGCGUCAAAGUUUGCUACUUCAUCUAUCAAAGCCAUCGCAAUUGUCAAAGUUUUCAACGGCUACGACCGCGAGCUCUGGCAAUAUCACGAAGCUGUCAAGUCGGCUGGUAGACGAUACUUGAUACAGGCUCAGUGCAAUUGCCUCCAGAUGAGCUACGUCGCCUUCUGGAUCGUGAGCAUGUUUAUAGCGGGCUUUUGGUAUGGAACUGUUCUCGUCGACGGAGGGCUGACGCCCGGUCAAGUCAUGACUACCUUUUUUUCUGUCCUUGCGGCAUUUCAGGGGAUCGAGGCAUUACUGCCGCAUUGGCUUGUAUUGUCCAAAGGCAUGUCUGCGGGAUCCUUUCUCUUAUCCAUGUUGAACAAAAACGACGAAACAAAUAUCGAUAAAGGCGACAAUAGAACGCAGCCUUCUGCUUGUGUUGGAAACGUGGACUUGGUAGAUGUCACUUUUGCAUAUCCUUCCAAUCCCACAAAGGUGGUUCUCAACAGAUCGUCCUUUUCCUUCUCAGCAGGCCAACUCACGUUCAUCGUUGGCAGAAGCGGGUCUGGGAAGAGCACGGUCGGCAAUCUCAUUGCUCAAUUCUAUGAGCCUUCAUCUGGACUUGUCUGUUUGGACGGGCAGCCUCUGACGAGCUUGGACCCGACUUGGGUCCGAUCCAAAAUUGCCUUGAUACAGCAGUUGAGCGUGGUGUUCGACGACAGCUUUUUCAACAAUGUGGCCAUCGGCCUCGGUGAUCCUGAGAAUGUGACAAGAGAAGCUGUUUCCUCCGCCUGCGAAUUUGCAUUGCUACAAUCCACGCUGAGCAGCCUUCCGGAAGGUCUCGAAACGCGCAUCGGUUCCAACGGGCACGAGUUGAGUGGAGGGCAAAGACAAAGAGUUGCGCUUGCCCGAGCGAGAAUUCGAGAUCCGGACGUGCUCAUCCUUGAUGAAGUGACGAGUAGUCUGGAUCAAAUCAACCGAGGCUUGGCGAUAGAUGCUAUCAGAGAGUGGCGACGAGACAAAACAACCAUCGUCAUUACUCACGACAUCAGUCAAAUCGAAGAUGAAGACUUUGUCUAUGUAAUGGAAGACGCUUCCUUGGUGCAGCAGGGAUUCCGAAGAGAGUUGGCCAUGUCUCCAACUGGACCCUUUGCAGCCAUGACUUCUCUGAAUUCUGUUGAGUCUGCUCCUUCUUCGACACCAACUGAGAUGGGAGAUGUCAGCCCUCCCAGUCCGGUUAGGUACAGUUCGUCGACAAUCACGGAGCUGCCGCAAGACCCCAAAUCAUCCAUGUCGCAGUUUAUGCUCACAGAGCGAGACGGUGACGGCAUGGGCCCAGCCUGGCACCGGCUAUCCCAGUAUAAGACUCUGGGAGCCGGAACAGAGUUUGCUCUGAAACUACGAAAAGAGCAGAUAUGGGACAGCUUCGAUUCCGAACGGCCAUACACAGCCGAUGUAGCUACGCGCUACUAUGAGACCGAGAAGAGGGACUCCUACAACUCUUUCGACGAAUACUUUGGACCAACCCGUAGAUGCAGCGCACCAGAGGCUGGUCAUAUGCCUUCUUCGGGAAGCGAGUACAAGAUGGAGUUCUUUGACGAUUCGGGGUACAACACAGACGAAUUGUUGUAUGUGUUUGGAAAGGCGGACCGUCGGGAGAAUAUUUCCAGCUUACGACUUGCCUCUGGCCUUGAGUCGCCUCCACAUACCGGUAAAGACGUACUUGCAACCCAGAAAGGUGCAAAGCCGAGCAGUCUACUGUCGACCCUAGGCACUGUUUGGCCUACACUCAAACCAUGUGAUCGCAUAUUGUUCAUUCUAGGAAUUGUGCUGUGUUUGAUCAGCUCAGCAGGAACGCCAAUGUUCUCAUUCUGCCUCGCAAAGCUCUUUGGAGUCCUAUUCUUGCCAGUCAAUAGAACAGUCGAGGCGAAAAAAUGGGCGCUAUAUCUAGUGGCGAUAGCCACCAUUGAUUCAUUCUCCACGGGCUUCGGUCACUAUUUGAUUGAGAGAACCGGCCAGUCCUGGGUAAACGCCCUUCGGUUAGAAGCCCUGAAGAAAAUCCUUCGACAGCCAAAGUCAUGGUUCGACAAAGAGAAGAACUCAGCCAGUCGAAUCAAUGAGUGUCUUGACAGAAACGCCGAGGAGACGCGAAACAUCGUUGGGCGAUUCAUUCCCAUCUUCAUCACUACCUUUGGCAUGGUUACCAUUUCCAUCAUAUGGGCUCUUUCGAUAUCUUGGAAGCUCACUCUCGUUGCACUUUCGCCCCUGCCUCUGAUCAUUGGCGCCGUCAAGGGAUAUACCGUUCUCAGCGGCAAGUGGGAAACCAAAUGCAAUCAAGGAGCCACCGAUUCUGGCGCAAUUUUAAACGAGACGUUUGUCAACAUCCGUGUCGUGCGAGCAUUGAUGCUCGAAAAGUACUUCGGCGAAAAGUACCAGAAGCUGAUAUCGCAUACCCUUAACCUGGGUAUGAAGAGGGCGGGCUAUACUUGCGGCCUUUUCGGCUUAUACCAGUCAAUGAACUAUCCCAUGACUGCCCUGGUGUUCUACUAUGCCACCCUCUUGCUGGCAAAGGGCGACGGCGCCACCACUACACAGGUACUGCAAGUCAUCAACUUGCUACUAUUCAGCAUUGGAAGUUCAACCGGUGCUCUAAGCAGCAUGCCUCAACUGACAAUGGCCCAAGCAACCGCAACACAACUACUAGCCUACGCAACAAUGCCAGUAGACUCGGAAGAAGAAACCCAAGACGGCAUCAAAACUUCAACGCCUCUACCUAUCGAGUUCCGCGAUGUCCAAUUCUCAUACUCGCAGUCUCCCAACUCCCGUGUCCUCCGUGGAGUCUCCUUCGACAUCACGCGCGGAAGCUGCACCGCCAUCGUCGGCGCCUCCGGCUCCGGCAAAUCAACCAUCAUAUCCCUCCUCAUGGGCCUCUACUGCCCAUCAAAAGACACAGCAUCACUCACCUACGCCGGCAUUCCAUCCUCCAAACUCGACAAACAACAUCUCCGCUCAACAAUGGCCUACGUCUCGCAAACACCCCGUCUCUUCCCAGCAACCAUCAUCGAAAAUAUUGCCUACGGCCUCCCCAAAGACUCUCCCCUCAGAAACAGCCUCAACAUAUACGCCGCCGCCCAAGCCGCCGGCAUCCACGACUUCAUCACAUCCCUCCCCGAAGGCUACGCCACCACAGUCGGCGACGGCGGAAUCUCUCUUUCGGGCGGUCAAGCCCAACGCCUGAGCAUCGCCCGCGCGCUCGCUCGCCAGCCGAAGCUCCUCGUUCUGGAUGAGCCGACGAGUGCGCUCGACGCAGAGUCUUCGGGAAUGAUCCGUGAGACGGUUCGUGGGCUUGUAGGACGGGCUAAGGAGCAGGAGAGCGAGAUGGCUAUUGUGGUGGUCACACACACACCUGAUAUGAUGCAGAUUUGUGACAACAUCGUGAUGAUCGACGGUGGAGUCAAGGUUGAAGAGGGCAGUUACGAAGAGCUGAUCAAGGCCAGGGGCCCAUUUAGACAUCUCAUUGGCAAGGGUGAAUGGCAUGGAGGAGAUGAAUCUUGA